AUGCGGCUAACUGAGUUGAAUGUUAAGCGCGCUCAGUUCGAGGCAUUGUCAGUCAAGGUUGAUGACUUGCAAAAUGACAUUGAGGUAUUAAGUCCAGAAAAUAUUCUUGCUGAAAUUGAGGAACGCGAAAAGACUUGCGGCGCCAACUGGCCCGAAGCGGUGACGCGCAGCGCGCUGGGCGCGCUGGGCGCGGGCGGCGACGUGGCGGCGGCGGGGCGGCUGGGCGCGCGCGUGUGCGGCGCGCUGGGCGAGGCGGCGCGCGCGCUGCGCCGGCCCGGCCCCGCGCCGUGCGGCGAGGCGGGCGCGCGCGCCGCCGCGCUGGCGCUGCUGGCGGGCCGCCUGCGCUGGCGCCGCGCGCUGCUGCCGCCCGCGCGCGGCGAGUGCGGCUGGGCGCUGGCGCGGGCCGAGCGCGCGCUGGCCGCCGCCGGCGUGGCCGUGCGCCGCGCGCCCGCCGCGGGGCGCCCGCCGCACGUUAUCAUCCUAUGUGACUCGUCCAGCGAUGUGCCGAUGGCACCCGGAGCCGCUAUGAAUACGACCCAUAUACUCCUUCUGCAUGUCGCCGAUCCUGCGGAGACGGACCCGUCGUACGAUGUCACCGGCGGGUCGACGACGGAGGAGCGCGUCGCAUCGAACGAACAUUUCACCUCGACCCCGCGACCGGUGCCACGUGUCGUUGCAGCGGAUUAUCUCGAAUCUUUCAAAAAAACUUUUGGAAUGCGAUCGACUCCCCGGCGGAACGAACUCGAGGCGGUCGACUCGCAGACUGAGAAGCGACGGCUUCCCCGAGAGAAUGCGCCGCGACGCUCGAAGAUGCGCCGCACGAGGCGCUCUAGGAUUCGACGCAGACGCGACGCGCCCGGCACGGAUACGUACGCUCGCCUCGACAAAUUCGACGAGGCUCUGACCGAUCGCUUGCUCAUUCUUAGUGAUGAAUUCCCGAAGAUCGAAUCUGCGGUAACAUCAAUUUACGAUGAAAUUUUAGAAGCUUGUCUGCUCCACCUAGAAGCGAGGCGAACGGGUGUAGAGAUUUUACGCAAUCAUUUUUUUUUAUACAAAAGUGUAUUUAUGGGCGGGAGUCUGAAGUGGUCCCGCGUGGCGACCAUCGCGGCCAGCGCGCGCCGUGCGCUGGGCGCGCCCGUGGCGUGGGCGGCGAGCGUGCGCGCCGACGAAACCGGGGAGGGGGAGCUGCAGCGGGUAAGCGCGGAGCGUGGCGUGAACGACACACUCGACGUGCUGGACGCCAACGCUCCGGACGCCGAUUCACCGGACGCCGACGCGCCGGGCUCCAACGCGCCGGUCCCCAAGGCGCCGCGCGCCUACGUGCCGAUCGACGUAACGUCGUCGCGUGUGACUGCAGCGCUGUACGUGCUGUGUGCGACCUGCGCGGCAGUGGCGACGCUGGCGGGCGGCGCGGCGUGCACGCGGCGCACGACCCGGCGGCGGCGGAGACGUCGGCCGCGCGCCGCGCCCGUGCUGGCCGCCGCCGACUUCCAGUUCCCGGCCGACGAGCGGCGCCGCGUGGGCGAGGGCAUGGAGUCCAUGCUGUCGUGGCUGCAGCAGCUACACGACUUCAACGAGCCGGAGGCGGAGCGGCCGGACCUGCUCAAGCGGCCGGAGCCGCUGGGCCAGUCCGCACCGUCGUCCACGUGCAGCGUCACGCGCCUGGCGCCCGACCGCCGCACGAGAUACAAGGGUGAUCCCGUACACAUGAAGUACCUGCCGGCCGCCACGCUCGAUCUGCGCCGCAAGACGGUCGACAUCUUGCUGGUGAUGCAGAGCCUGCGACACGAAAACGUGAACCCGUUUAUCGGCUGCCUGGCGGAGCUGCGGCCGGCGCUGGUGUUCGCGGCCUGCGCGCGCGGCUCGCUGGAGGACGUGCUGGUGGCCGACGACAUCCGCCUGGACUGGACCUUCCGCCUGUCGCUGCUGACCGACCUGGUGCGCGGCAUGCGCCACCUGCACCAGUCGGCCGUGCGCGUGCACGCGCGCCUGUCGUCGCGCAACUGCGUGGUGGACGCGCGCUGGGUGCUGCGCGUCACGGACUACGGCCUGCCCGCGCUGGUCGGCGCCCAGGCGCUGCCCUACCCGCCGCGAGCCGCGCGUGAGCUGCUGUGGACGGCGCCCGAGCUACUGCGUGCGCCCGCGGCGGCCGCGCCGGCCGGCACGCAGGCGGGCGACGUGUUCUCGUUCGGCAUCAUCAUGCAGGAGGUCAUCGUGCGCGGCGAGCCCUACUGCAUGCUGGCCCUCACGCCGGAAGAGCUGGUGGACAAGCUGCGACACCCGCCGCCGCUCGUCCGGCCCUCGGUGUCGCUGGGCGCCGCGCCGCCCGACGCGGUGGCCGUCAUGCGCCAGUGCUGGAGCGAGCAGCCCGAGCUGCGGCCCGACUUCGCGCGCCUCUCCGAGCUCUUCCGGCAGAUGCACCGCGGCAGGAAAACGAAUAUCGUCGAUUCCAUGUUCGAGAUGUUGGAAAAAUACAGCAAUAACUUGGAAGAACUAAUCAAGGAUCGGACGGAGCAGCUCGACAUGGAAAAGAAGAAAACCGAACAGCUCCUGAACCGCAUGCUGCCCCCGUCGGUGGCGGAGCGCCUGCUGCUGGGGCUGCGCGUGGAGCCGGAGGAGUUCGAGGAGGUGUCCAUCUACUUCAGCGACAUCGUGGGCUUCACGGCGCUGGCCGCGCGCUGCACGCCCGUGCAGGUGGUGGACCUGCUCAACGACCUGUACUCCGCGUUCGACGCCGCCAUCGAGCAGUACCGCGUGUACAAGGUGGAGACCAUCGGCGACGCCUACAUGGUGGUGGGCGGGCUGCCGCUGCGCUGCCGCGACCACGCCGAGCGCGUGGCCAGCAUGGCGCUGCGCCUGCUGCACGAGGCGGGCCGCUUCCGCAUCCCGCACCUGCCCGACGCGCCGCUGUACCUGCGCAGCGGGCUGCACUCGGGGCCCGUGUGCGCCGGCGUGGUGGGGCUCACGAUGCCGCGCUACUGCCUGUUCGGCGACGCCGUGAACACGGCGGCGCGCAUGGAGUCCACGGGCGCGGCGUGGCGCGUGCAGCUGUCGGGCGCCACGGCGGCGCGCCUGGCGGCGGCGGGCGGGUUCCGCCUGCGCGCGCGCGGCCUCACGCCCGUCAAGGGCAAGGGCGCCAUGCUCACCUACUGGCUGCUGGGCAAGGAUGGCUUCGACAAGCCGCUGCCCACGCCGCCGCCGCUCGAAUCAGAAGAAGUGCUGUUCGAAGCGGAUGUCGAAAACGACAACGAGGCGGCGGCGGCCGACGAGGAUGGCCACCCGUCCGCGGCGCGGGCCGCGCAGCGCCAGGACUCGUUGCCCUCCCCCGCGGACGGCGCGGCUGGCAGGGCCGGCCCCGCGUGGCGCCGCUCGGGCGCGGCGUCGGCGGAGAGCAGCCCGCCGGCGAGGCGCGCGCGCUACCUGCGCACGAGCUCGGCCGCCGCGGCGGGGCCCGAGGCGCGCGGCGCGAGGGGCGCGAGUGGCGCGCGCGGGUUGCGGCGGCAGUGGUCGCUGGAGCAUGGCGACCCGCCGCGCUACCGCACGCGCCGCGCGGCGUCCACGCUGGACGUGUCGCUGCGCUAGUCGGCGCGCCCUGCUCUCCCUCCCCCUCUCCCCGACAAUAAUUUUCGUAGUCGAGCCCCUCGGAAGCUCGGUCGAUGUAUUUUUUCUCCGUAAAUAUUGUGAAUGUUGUUGUGAUUACUAUUACGUAGAAAUAAUAUUUAUCUAGAAUAGAAUCUAUAUUUUGUAAAGACUACUUCUAUUUAUGCUUAUU